AUGGCUUGGUUGAAAUAUGCUGUGGUCAUCCUCGCGAUGGCUCUUUGGUGGAAAUUCCGUCCAAUUGGCUCAUCCAUUCAUGUGUUAAUGGACGCCCGAGGCUGUCCGCGACACUCGCCAAGAAUCCGCGAAAACGCAGCGCUUUUGUCGGAUUUGACGCGCCCGUUUGUGGUGUCGCACAUGAUCCCGUACCCGGAAAUCCCGGGUGUGGAGGUACUCAUGGAAACUGGAGCUGAGUAUCUCGGGGAGCAGCGGAAGUGGCAGCUUCUCGGUGGAUUCGUGUUCCCGGUGGGAUUGUUCGUUGUUGUGAGUGCUUGUGCUGAUCCCGGUGUCGUGAGGUUCGUUCGAGACGUGGUGACUGAAGCGAAGGAUUUGAAGAUUGAGGCCUCGAAGGUGGUCUUUGGGGCCAAGAAUUUGUCUGAAUGCUUUCGCAUAGAGAUGGAAACGAAGUUGUGGAAGGCAGUGGAGAAGACCGUGGAUUGUUCAGAACCCAUCGUGGACGGGGUUCGCGGAGAAAUGGUCAUGUUCAAUGUUGGAAGUUUCUUUUUCGCAGAUGACACGAGAAGUAGCUACGAGAGGGAGUUGCGGAGUGUCCUGUUCAAGAAGCUGGGUUUGAAGCGGAUUUAUCGCGAUAUGGAGGACGGGGAUUACACUUCGUAUGGCGAAUGUAGCAAAGAUACGCAGAGAUGCUUUCCGACCAUCGUAGAUGAUAGUCCGGAUUAUCUGUUUCGCAAAAGAUGGACUCCGUCGUGUUGUUUGGCGAACCUCCGGAAAACCCUGAAGCGGGUCGUCCAAGUUUUGGAAGAAUGCAAAAUUCGUUAUUGGCUCGAAGGCGGUUCGCUUUUGGGCGCCGCUCGUCAUAAUGACAUAAUUCCGUGGGACUCCGACAUAGAUAUCGGUGCUUACUCAGUGGACGUGUUCAAUUGCUCCUACUUCCAGGCUGCGAAUAAUUCCAAAUUUGGAGUGAUCGACUCUGAGGGCUUCCUUUGGGAAAGGGCGGUCGAAGGGGACUUUUUCCGAAUUCAUUACAGUGUCAUCAACCGACUGCAUGUGGACUUGUUUCCAUUUACUGUCAAUGGCCUUGGAUACAUGACCAAGAGCACCUGGUUCAAAAAUCACCGUCAAGACUGCGAAUUCCCCGAGAAAUUCAUCAAGCAGCUACGAAAGAUUUGGUUCGCAGGUAUUGACGUGAACGUUCCGUCGGAUAUUUCUCAAUUUUUGGAGUACAAGUUUGGUCACGGGGUUGUGGAACGGGAGGAAUAUCCAAGGCCCGAUUUGCUGCCAUUUCCAAUCAGAGAAGUCUUGGCGUGGUCAAGUGUGCAAAUUCACUGCUGGGUUUCUGGGGUUGACCAGUUUGUCAAUCUGAAUGCUUCUGAUGGCGGUGACAGUGGACAUGGGCUGCCGAAAUCUACGAGCUCCAGUUCCUUGGCCCCAGGAAGCGCUUUUACCUCGUUCAUGCCUGCCAAAGCCGACCCAGGGAAAAGCGUUUUUGCGACUCAACCACAGAUUUUGUUCUGUGAUUUAUGUCUCGACCCUGGGGAGUCCAAGACUUUUUUCUAUAAGGAAACGUUGCCAAAAGGGAUCCCACCUUCCUACAGAGGACAGGCUGUGAGAUAUUGGUACAAAGUGGCAGUAGGGACCCAAAGAGUUGGCUCAUCCAUCAAGAUCAUGCAGUUGCCAUUGAAAGUGCUUGUGAUUCACGGUUUUCCCUGUUUACCCGCUCCUUUGGCCGGAAGGAAUCACCCGAAUAUCAAUGGAAAUCAAGGCAGUGACACGGUGUCGCCUUCCAAUCCGUUUUUGUUGUCAGCUUCGAAGGAUUCCAGUGUUGAUGUUGCCAUGGAAUUUUUGCAGAGUGUGACUGCGAGAAAAGCUGCAACUGCGUACAAUGUGACCCAUUUUCAUGGAAAAGUAGGGACAUUUUUCCUCUACAAAACCGGCUACAGACUCGGAGAAGACAUUGUUGGCACAUUUAGCUUCAAGGACGCCAAAGUGCGAUGUGUCAAGUUCUUGGUUACGCUGCAAAACCUGGAAACGGUGGCUGAAGAGUUUCGACGAAGACCUGACCAGACGCCGACCGUCGUAUCUCACAAUAAAUACCACCAAUAUUGUUUGAAUAUCGAAGAGACGCAGUUGAUUCUUCCGAUUCCCUUGCAUCUCACUCCGACUUUUCAGACAGAAUUGGUCGGUUUGAAAUGGCGGCUUCAUUUCGAAUUCGUCACGACUACCUCCACUAUCCCAGAAUUCCGUGAAGUGGAUGACAUGACAGAACCCGGGUUAUGGACGGGUCCUCAAUCCCUGGAAAUUGAGACCAUGGUUUGGGACCUGCCCAUCAAAAUUUUUCCUGCGAGUCCGGUAACUGUUGCUCAAGGGCUGCAACUUGACAUUCGACCCGACAACAUCGUCGAAUUCAACAAGGCGAUGGGGAAGUUCAACGUCGGCGAAGAUUGCCCGGUGUUUGACGGGAUGUACGAGUUUUGUCAAUUGUCAGCUGGUGGCUCAAUUGCAGGAGCUGUGAAGCUCAACAAGCAAGCGACGGAUAUUGCUGUCAACUGGGCCGGCGGGUUGCAUCACGCCAAAAAGUCGGAAGCUUCGGGUUUCUGUUAUGCCAACGACAUCGUUUUGGCUAUUUUGGAGCUGCUCAAGUACCACCAGCGCGUGUUGUACAUUGAUAUUGACAUUCAUCACGGAGAUGGCGUGGAGGAAGCUUUCUACACGACUGACCGAGUCAUGACUGUAUCGUUUCAUAAGUACGGUGAGUACUUUCCGGGUACUGGAGAUCUCAGAGAUUUGGGGGCAGGCAAAGGGAAGUAUUACGCAGUCAACUUCCCGUUGCGGGACGGCAUUGAUGACACGAGCUACGAAUCGAUCUUCGAGCCAGUUAUGACUAAGGUAAUGGAAACGUACCAGCCAGGGAUCAUAGUGCUGCAAUGCGGAGCUGAUUCGUUGUCUGGCGAUCGUUUGGGCUGCUUCAACUUGACCCUCAAGGGCCAUGCCAAGUGCGUGGAGUUCAUGAAGCGGUUCAAUUUGCCGCUCCUCAUGCUCGGCGGCGGCGGCUACACUAUCCGAAAUGUGGCCCGAUGCUGGACCUACGAGACGGCCAUUGCGUUGGGCGUGGACGUGGCCAACGAGCUGCCCUACAACGAUUACUUCGAGUACUACUCGCCCGACUUCAAGCUCCACAUCACGCCGUCCAACAUGACCAACCAGAACAACACGGAUUAUCUUGAUAAGGUGAAGAUGCGGUUAAUUGAGAACCUGCGGAUGUUGCCUCACGCGCCCGGUGUGCAAAUGAUGGACAUUCCAGAGGACGCCAUCAAGGACGACGACGAGGCGGCCGCGGACGACAAGGCAGCCGACGAAUCCGUCGACGAACGCAUUUCCAUUCGUGCUUCGGACAAACGAAUUGCUCCCGACAACGAGUUUUACGACUCGGAAGACGAAGACGGCGGCGGCGGUGGUGGCGGCGGCGGAGGAGGCGGUGGACGUCGACGAGAAGUGUUGCCCACUGGCUCGAAACGCCCCAAGUUGGACGUUAAGAAAGACAGUGACAGUGGCGGCAAGGAAGCCAGCAAACUGGCGGCGGCGGCAGCAGCAGCAGCAGGAGGGGAAGAGAAGGGGAAAAAAGAGGAGGCGGAUGCAGCUGCGACGACCACCGCGGCGGCUGGUGCCGCAGCAUCUGCUGCUUCUACCGCCGCUGCCGCCACGAAGACGGAGUAAAAAAAGGCAAAGUUGGCUUUCGUUUUCCCUCCUCCUCCUCACCCCCAACAAGCUCACGAGACACUUGCUUGUAUCUCGGUCGGGCCCGAAUUGUACAAGUUUUGAUUUUUGAUAAAGAAUCUUUUUUUUUUGAAUGGAUGAGAUUUGACAGGUUCUUUUCUCCGUUUCUUUUUAUGCUCUGGAUUGUUGUGUACUGUACUUUUUUUUCUAUUUUUCCAAGUUCCUUCUCGUGGAAGUUUAUGCCGGGAAAUUCCGGAUUUCCGUCUUGCUCCACACCUGCUUUUCUCUUUAUAUUAUUCAUGUGCUGCGUUUUUGUCUGUUGAAUAAAAUGAUCUUGAAUAAGGUUUUAUCAUUCUGGACUUAUGAAUGAGUAUCUUCAACGUGUCUACCUAGCUUCUGAUUUGUAUCUCAUACAGUAGAAUCUUGUUAAAACAAAAUUUAAAUAGCAUCAUGGCUGUUGGACGUGUACCAAAGAAACAAAUUUUUUCUAAA